AUGGGACAAAACGUUUUUCCAUUGCUGUGCUAUCGUUGCCCGCCGUUAUUCGUGGCCGUCGCUCUGUUAUGCUCCGUAUCGGCGUCACAGAACCACCGCGUCGGAAGAUCCAUCAUCCAAGUGCCCAUUAGAGAUCAGUGCCAGUGUCCAUCUGGCAGUAUUGCAUACGACGGACAGUGUAGGCCCUUGUUUCCCGAUUGGGGGGACUACGACCUAACGUCCACCCAACGGCAAAACAACGCCAACGCCGUGGCCGUCAUGGAAGCUGCUCAAGCUGUAUCGGCGGCCACUAACCCCGGCGGGAGCGGCCAUCCGUACGGCAGUCAGACUGACCAAGACGCUGUGAACACCUUUCUGUAUGCCAUUUUAGCAGAUCUCCGAGAGCCCAGGAAAAUAUCAACAGAAGAUAAGAUUUCAACAAACUUUGUUCAUUCUUGUAUCUAUAGUCAUUAUAGUUAUUAA